AUGACAAACCUGACGGCGAAGGCCCCUGAUCCAGAUCGUAAAGGGAAGGAAAAUCAGUUCGUGACCCCAGUAUCUUCAUCGCAACCGUCAAUGGCGACCAUUCAGGAUGAUGACGAGCGCCUGCUCGCUCGAAUUGGCUAUAAACAGGAGCUCAGGCGAGAAUUCUCCAAAUGGUCUACUGUCUCGUAUGCCAUCUCCAUCCUUGGCGUCCUCGGCUCCGUUCCAGCGACGUUCGGCUCGCCGUUGGCCGCGGGUGGUCCGGCCACCGCUGUCUGGUGCUGGUUGAUCGGCUCCUGUAUGGCAAUGUGUAUCGGCAGUUCCGUAGCAGAGCUGGUCUCUGCCUAUCCAACCGCAGGAGGGAUGUAUUUCGUCACAAAACAUGUUGUGCCCCCGGAUCAAGUCCCAAUCUUUGCUUGGAUUCAAGGCUGGUGCAAUCUGCUCGGCCAGACGGCGGGGGUCUCUAGUGUCGCCUAUACAGUCAGCCAGAUGCUGCUGGCCUGUGUCAGCAUGAACUCCGAUCUUGUCAACGGCCAAUACUCGUAUUCCCCGUCAGCAUUGGAGACGGUCUUGGUCUCUAUUGGAAUACUCUGCAUUCUCGGCGUCAUUUGCUCUCUCACAACGAAGACAUUGCAUCGGAUCAUCCUUUGGUUUGCUCCAAUUAACAUCUCUGCUACCAUCGCCAUCUGCGUUGCAUUAUUAUACCUUACCCCAGAUAAGCAGUCGGCUUCGUGGGUCUUUACCCACUUCACGGACGGGUCCGGGUGGGGCUCCAAGGGAUUUUCCUUCUUUCUCGGGUUCUUGUCCGUGGCAUGGACCAUGACCGAUUAUGAUGGAACAACACACAUGUCCGAAGAAACCCAUGAUGCCGCCGUGCGAGGCCCAGUUGCCAUCAAGACUGCCGUACUCGUGUCUGGUAUCUUCGGCUGGCUAUUAACCGUAUGUAUGUGUUUUUGCUUGACCGAUUUCGAAGGCAUUUUGGCGUCUCCGACUGGUCUGCCCGCAGCGCAGAUCUUUAUGAACGCGGGCGGAAGACGUGGAGGCACUGUAAUGUGGGCUUUUGCUAUCCUUGUCCAGUUCUUCACUGGCUGCUCUGCUAUGUUGGCCGAUACUCGCAUGGCGUACGCCUUCGCUCGGGACAAUGCUCUACCUUUUUCAAGCUUUCUGUCCAAGGUCAAUUCGCGCACUCAUACCCCCGUCAACUCAGUCUGGUUCGUGGUGUUUUUUAGCAUUGGAUUAAACUGCAUCGCUAUCGGGUCCACAGAGACAGCAACUGCCAUUUUCAGUGUGACUGCACCGGCUCUCGACUUGUCAUACAUCUCCGUCAUCUUGGCACACCAGCUUUACAAGAAUAAAGUCAAGUUCAUUGAGGGUCCCUUUACGCUUGGUAAAUGGGGCACUCCAAUCAACUACAUCGCCGUUAUUUGGGUGUUGUUCAUCAGCACUAUUCUCUUCUUCCCUUCACAGCUUCCUGUGACGCCAGCCAACAUGAAUUAUGCGAUUUGUGUUGCUGCCUUCAUUGCCAUGUUUGCUCUCAUCUGGUGGUGGGUUGCAGCAAGAGGAAAAUACACAGGCCCACAGACAAAUGAUAUCAUCAAUGAAAUUCCGACCGAAGACCACCAAGACAACUUUGAUGACGAUGAUGAGAUCACGGUUUAA